AAGAGAGCUGGCGCAUGAAAUAAACAAAAUGACGUACUUUCAAUGUGUUAUUUUGUUAGCCGCUCUAUUGUAUUGCAAAGCAAAUACUGUUCAAAAUGAGUUUGAAGAUUUUGUUGAUUAUGUGAAUAAUUAUAUAGAUUACACUAUCCACUAUUCUCUACCGACCAAUAAUUCUUAUUUAGUUAAUGUGAAUGAUUCUAGGAUACAUGAUUAUGGAACAUUUGACUUCAUUAUUGUCGGAGCGGGUACGGCUGGUACACUUCUUACAAGACGAUUAACCGAAAUUACCGAUUGGAAUAUAUUAUUGCUCGAAGCUGGUAAUAACGGAAAUAAUUUCACCGAUAUUCCCUUCAUGAAUUUGUUCACGAGAAAUUCAGAAUAUAACUGGGGCUUCAAAACAAUACCCCAAAACAACAGUUGUUUGGGUAUGGUGGAUCAUAAAUGUGUAUAUCCGACAGGUAAAGGUUUGGGAGGAUCGGCUAUUAUAGGUGAUAGUGUUUACGCCAGAGGAAACAAAGCUGAUUUCAACGCUUGGGCAGAUUUAGGAUUGGACGGUUGGAGUCAUGACGAUCUUUUACCUUAUUUCAAAAAAACCGAAAAAAUUGAUAUCAAUUUUUAUGAUGAAGGAUAUCAUGGCACAGAUGGUUUAUUGAGCAUUAAUUACACCUAUCCCAAUCCAGUUACUUACGAUGCAUUUUUAGAUGCUAAUCUUCUGUCAGGUCUUAAAAGUGUUGACUAUAAUGGGAAGAAUCAAAUUGGAAUUGGAAAGUUCCAAUGGACUUUGAAUUUUAAUAAAAAAGUAACAGGAGGAAACGCUUUUAUUACACCAGUCAUUGAAAAUACUCCGAAUUUAAAAGUUACUCUCAAUGCGUAUACGUCCAAAAUAAUAUUUUCAAAUAAAAAUGGUAUACCAACAGCAACAAGUGUUCAAUUCAUCAAAGGAGGAAGAGUAUAUAAUGCUUAUGCGUCAAAAGAAGUGAUUUUAUCGGCAGGUCCAAUUGGAAGUCCACAACUACUCAUGCUCAGUGGUGUUGGACCUCAGGAGGAUCUAGAAAAUCUCAAUAUUCCAGUUAUAAAGAAUCUUCCUGUUGGUGAAAAUUUGAUUGAUCAUCCUGCUUUUGUUGGAUUAUACAUUAGAACUAAUCUCACAACUGAUCCUGGAAACGUUACUUAUAAUUUGGAACGAUGGAUCAAAGGAUUGGGUUACUACACAACCAUAUUUUCGGCUGAUAAUAUUGGAUUCAUCAAUACAAAGAAUAAAACCAGUGAAAUACCAAACGUGGAAUUUCUAACUAUAAACCCACCCACAAGUGUUCCAUCAGCUUCUUUCUACAAUUUGGAUAAAACAUACGCAAAAGUUUUUACAACUUACAAUACCUUGACAGAUUUUUUAGUAUAUUGCAUCAAUAUCGAGCCGAAAUCUCAUGGUUGGUUGAAAUUGAGUUCCAGCGAUCCAGCAGACUUUCCUCUUAUCAAUCCAGCUUAUUACACAGACCCCAAUGACGAAGAUAUUCAAGCAAUAUAUGAGGGGAUAAAGUAUAUACUUUCGUUAUUGGAAACAAAGCCACUUCAAGCAAUCAAUGCAACUUUGGUAACACAAACUCCCAAUUGUGAUUAUUUGAAAGAAGAAUCUGAAAAAGAUUACUGGUAUUGUGCCAUUAGGUCACUCACUUCUACACUUUAUCAUCCUUCUUGUACAACUAGGAUGGGGAACAGCGAGAAAGAUUCAGUAGUAGAUAAAACACUGAAGGUUCAUGGAAUAUCUGGGUUGAGAGUAGUAGAUGCUGGUUCGAUGCCCAAACUUGUCAGGGGACAUCCAUUAGCCGCUAUUUGGGCAAUGGCCGAAAAAACAGCUGAUCUUAUUAAGAAAGAAUACAAGAAACUGUGAAUAUUAUGUAAUAAUAUGUUUUUCCAAUAAAAAUAUUUUUCGAUCUAA